GGAAUGCGGGCCUUGAUUGCAUGGCCAUGAAAUGAUAACCUCAAAAUAUUAUGCGAUUGUUUCUUCGUUCAGGCCGUUUUUUACGCGAUCGACUUCACUGAGAACCCUGGAGUUGUGCCUGCCCCGACUUGAACGUUUAGUGUAGCACCUGAUGACCACUGGAUUUUAUGAAUAGCGUGGGAAUUAAGGAUCUGCCCUAACUUCGCCGCCGGCACGCGCCGGCGUUCGCGUGCAGCCCGCGCUAAUAUAAUACACGGAAUAAUCCAUUAGCUGCAGCCAUGAAACUCAAGGAGCUUCAUGCGCUGAUGCAGGACAUCGCGCCCUUCCGCCGCGCCAAGACCGAGCUGGAGCAGUACCCCACUGGGCCGCACCUGGCCUCACGGCUGCUGUUCACAGUGGACAACAGCUACGACGAGUUCGCGGGCCGCACCGUGGCGGACCUGGGCUGCGGCACGGCCAUGCUGUCCAUCGGCGCGGCGCUGUUGGGCGCGCGGCAUGUGGUGGGGGUGGACAUUGACCCGGACGCACUGGAGGUGGCGGCUGAGAACAUCCAGGAGGUGGCGGGCGGCGAGGAGGAGGGGCUGCCGAUCGACCUGGUGCUCGCGGACGUGCGCGCCCUGCCGCUCACCCAGCCACUGCUGCAGGCCGACACGGUCAUUAUGAAUCCGCCCUUCGGCACCAAACAGAAGGGUGUGGACAUGGCGUUCCUGGCCGCCGCCUUCUCGGUGUCGCUGCACACCGUGUACAGCCUACACAAGAGCUCCACACGCGACUUCAUCGCCAAGACAGCCAAGAGGGACCUGGGCGCCGCCUCCGCCGAGGUGCUGGCCCAGCUGCGGUACGACCUGCCCGCAACCAUGAAGUUCCACAAGCAUAAGAGUGUGGACAUCGAGGUCGACCUGUGGCGAUUCGAGGUGGGGGCGGCCCAGCAGCACCAGCACCAGCAGGCGGCAGGAGCAUGUGGGAGACGGCAGGAGCGGGAAGAGGAGGACGAAGACCAGGAGGAGGAGGAGGAGGAUGACGGCGAGGAGGAGGAGGCGGGCGGCCGGCGGCGGCAGCAUGUGGCAGCGGCAGGCGGGCUGACGGCGGCGGCCAGCCGGGCCGCGGCUAUGACUUGUGCUGUACCCACGGCGGCGUCGUUGGAAGCGCUUGCUCGGAGAGACGGGACCGGGAGAGGCGGGCGAGGAGACUCAGAGGACGAAGAGGAGGAAGAGGGGGAAGAGGAGGACGAGGGGGAAGAGGACGAGGACUGACGAGGUGGCUGAGUGGCGGAAGUGGAAACUUGGUCGCGGGUGCGCGCAGCCCACGUAUGAGUGAGCGGAUUUAUCAAACGAGUGGGACAGCUAGUAUUAAAUGAUGUCGGGGUUAUCGUGGUUACGACAAAAACUGCACUCGGGGAACGCCUGGCCACUCGGUCGCAUGGGGCACCAGGCACCUCCUGGCCUAGGACUUAAAUCGUC